AGACAAAACGAAUAUUUAUAGAAAAAGGAAAUGUCAAAUUUGAUUGCGUUAUUCGAAUUGAUACAACAAAAGUUAACCGCUACUUAAAUGGACGAACGGCUGCAACAAGUAUUUCAUCUGCGACCUUUACAGGAAGAAACCAUCGCUUACCGCAAUAAUAUGAAACUUUACCGCACACUCAUGAAACAAACAUGCAAAGCUGAACUUCAGAAUCUUGUGAAUGUAGAAAUGAAUAUUGCGGAUAAAGAAAUGAAAAUGCCUGACCCAAAAACAGUACCACCAGAUUUCAGUGAAAAUGAGGAUUUAACACCAAAGAUAGAUGCACUAUUGGAAGACGUGAGAACAACGGCGAUUGGAAUGGAUCUGCUAUAACUUAUAUCUAUGUAAUCCCGUUUGAUUUGCGAAAAAUUCCAUUGAGACAUCUGUAUGUCAUCUGCAAGCAUUCGAAGGACGGCUGCAAAGACUGCAUAAAAAAAUAAAAUAUUAAUACAAUUAAAACUUCACAUAUAAACUUACAUUAAAAAGUGUAAUAAUUGGCUUCUUUUGGAAAAGACUGCCCUUUGUUCGAAUUAUCAGUAUAUAAUGCACAUCAAGCUAAAAAAUAAAAGUAAAUUAGUUCUACUGGAAAA